AAACUGAUAUAGAAAUAAAAGUAUAUUAUUGAAACAACAAGGAACAAUCGUCGUUCCUGGAAAUCAUCAUAUAUUAGAAAUCAAUAUGAAUAAUGAAUCAAUAAGCAAUUCCAGCAGUAAGGAGGGAACUCCUACUGGGAGUGCUUCAUCCUCACAAAGGCCGAUUUCUACAAUGCAACCGCAUGAGGUAAAGCUAUUAGCUCAAAGAAUGUCAAAUGAGUUUGCUCUGGCCAAGGCAGUUGGGGUUGAUACAGAGAAGGGUAAACAACAUAUGCAGAAGUUCAAUGCUAUUAGGAAUAUCUUAAUUAAAUAUAAGGAGAGUCAAGGAAAACUGGGUGUUGUGAGUAAUAGUAAUACAGGCUCACCUGCUCCUUCUCCUUUACCAUCAUCAACAUCAGCAAAUGCAACACCAAAUCAAUCAUCUCAGCCAAGUCGAUCACAAAGUAUUGAACCUAAUUCAUCACAAUCUGCUAAUUCAGCUCCAGCAACUAUAAAUUUCAAUGCUGUGACAAUUGAAAAAUAUAAUCAAAUAAUACUAAGAACUCAAGAAAUGGUCAAACGAGUGAAGAAUUUAGAGGAAUUGAAAGUGAAAGAAGCUAAUACUUCAAAAGUUGACGAAUAUAAUCAAGAAAUUCAAAAUCUUAAUCAACAAAUAGUAAAACAUCAAAAAGCAGUGAACUAUAUCAGAGCUCAAUUAGAAAAACAAGGGAAAUUACAAGCCAUUGAUGCGAAUUCCGAUAAAGCAACCCCACCACCAUCAGCAUCAACUAUUGAUUCCACAAAGGCCAAUCCACCAAAUAGUGUUAAAGCUCCUUCUGUUGUUUCAAUUCCAGCUUCUGUAAAACCUUCGGAACCAAUUUCAAAUCCAUCCACGGUAGCCGCAAGUAAACCAAAAGGAAAACCUGUCCCUCCAACUGCUCCAGUAGUACAACCACCAAUAAAGACUACUACUAACACAUUCCCUCAAUCAAAAGUGGCAAAUGCAAAUGCACCAUUAUCAACUGCUAUCUCGGGUACAACUAGUGUAACUGUACCAACAUCCAUUCCACAAACAAACAACCUUAACUCCCAUAACUCACAAUCUACUACAAACUUGCCAAGUAUGGUCAAUCGAACAGCUAGUUCAAUAAAUGCAAGAGGUUUAACUGGCACAGCUGGAGCAUCGAAAUUAAAUGGUAAUGCUAGACCAGGAUUAGCCGGUGGCGCUACUCAUGAUGCUGGAUUUACAAGUAUGCCAGCUUUUAAUCGUUUUGAACAUGGCGCUGGUGCACAAAUGCCUAAUAAUAUACCAAACAAUGGUGGUAGAGUAUUAACCAAAAGGAAGUUAGUAGAAUUGGUAAAUAGUAUAGGGGUUGAAGAAGGUGAUCAGAAAACCAUUGUUGACAACGAUGUUGAGGAUAUAUUACUCGAUUUAGCUGAUGAAUUUGUAACAUCGGUAACUGGGUUUGCAUGUAAGUUAGCCAAACAUAGAAAAAUGGAUAAGCUUGAUAUAAGAGAUUUUCAAUUACAUUUAGAAAGAAACUGGGCGUUACGUGUUCCAGGAUAUGCUCUAGAUGAAAUUAAAUCUGUUAGAAAAUGGCAACCAAAUCCAGAGUAUAAAGAAAACGUUGCAAAGAUAGAAAAGUCGGAGUUGGAGAAUGGAAAUUCAAAAUAAACCUAAUUUGUAUUAUUAUAUCAUUAGUAUGUUAUUAUUAU